AUGGCGGUAAAUACUGAAUUGUUUAUAAGUGCGAUUCAAUCUAAACCACCUAUAUGGCAAAGUAAACAUCCACACCACAGUAAUCGCACAAUAACAAGAAAGUUAUGGAGUGAAAUAAAAAAACAAUUUCCUGGAAGUGAAGAAAAACAACUACUUAAGAAGUGGAAAACCUGCGCGAUCAGUUUCGAAUGGAAAAAAAGAAAUUCCCUACGCCGCGCUCUGGUGACGGUGGUGAUGAAAUAG